GUUGUAACGCCAUCGACAUCGCAAAGCGAAAGCAUGGCUGCCCGCACAGCGCUUACAUGCCGCGAGUAUGCCAACACCAAGAAACUGCUGUAUGUUGCACGUAACUUGCCCAAAAGAUUCGCAUCUACGCAAACGGCACCCAGUACAUCGUCUGCAGAGACACUCGUAAGCGGUUAUGUGUCAACAGAUGGUUCGGAAAAGCAGACAAUCGUAAUUCCAAAGAGGAUUCACAGGGGUCCGACAGAUAUACUGAAGGCACUUGCGUCUACAGUACAGCGGGAUUUCACGGCACCUCAUUACAAGUAUCACGACGACCCGUUCUUCAUCCCAGCAAGCAAUGUGGCCAAGAGGACGUACGCACUUGCGAAAGAAUCGGGUCGGAAAGCGGCAAAGUAUUUUCUAGACAAGUAUCCAGACAGCUUCAUCCACAAUCCCGCUCAACCUAAUGUCGAGGCAUUUAACCCAAAAAAGAAGUACACUGCUGAGACCGAGGUUGAAGAGAGCGACCUCGCAGCCUGUAUUGAAAAUGUCGAUCUCGACAGCGCUGUCAUUGUGUACCAAAACCUCAAAACAAAAGGCGCAGCGCUCUCCCAAGAUGUCCUGCAGUCGUUUCUGGAGUUGCUGUGCUUCUACAACUGUAAGCAACCACUUGACGAAGACUUGACGGAGGAAAGAUGGCAACGUCAGAUGGCCCCCAGGGAGACAAGGAAGUCAUGGAAAGAUGGUGGCCUAGCUGAACAAGUUUUUGACAGCAUUGAGAACAAAGAUGGGAGAGCCUAUGCUGCUUUGAUCCAAGGAAUGGCAAAGCACUACCAUGUCGACAAGGCCUACGAGUUGUUUCAGGAAAUGGUCUCCAAAGGAAUGACACCUCCACUUGAUGUGUACAACAGUCUCCUAAGUGUGGUUCCAUUCCUCAGAGAAAGCUAUGACAGCCGGUGGGAGCUGGCAAGGGAGAUCAUGCAAGGUAUCGAGAGGAAUCGUCUCAAGCCUAACAUCACCACCAUGAACACCGUCCUUGAAAUCGUGUCGCGGUUUGGGGCCUCCCCGUCUGCGAGAAAAUACGCCCUGCAGGUCUUCUCCGAAAUGAAGCACCUUGGCAUUGAACCAAGCCUUGCCAGCUACUACUACCUGCUCGUCAUUUUCUGCAAAACUCGAGGUGCGCCGAGCACUAUCCUACACAGCAUCAUGAAGGAGAUUGAGAACAAGUCCUUUGAGAUGAGAGAUCCCAAAGAUGUUUUCUUCUUUGUGAGUGCAAUGGAUGUGUGUCACAACCAUCUGCUUGACAAAGACCUGGCUUACAAGGUUCACGAGCUGCUGAACUAUGGCACUAACUACAAUAUGAUUGGAGAUUCUUUCAAGGAGUCAAUAUACUACCAGAACUUCUUCAAGCUGCUUUGCUCCACGGAGAACAUUGACGUCUUUUUUGACAUGUACAACAAGUACGUCCCCAAUAUCUACACGCCCGAGCCGAGCGUUGUGUGCGAGAUUAUAGAAGCUGUCGACCUGAACGACACAAUCCAUUAUGUGCCGCAGUUGUGGACAGAUAUCGUCCUCUUCAACCACCACGAGAGAACAAAUGUUGUCAAAGCUAUGCUUUCUGUAAUGGCCAAGGCAAAGCGACCAGAAGAUAUCCAGAAACAGUUGGCCAUGAUUGCUGUUGACAUCAAUGAAAGGUGUGACAUACCACAACCAAGGCGGCGGCUCCAGUCCAUUGAAUGGACAGGACAAAUGUUUGGUGACAUGAUGACAGUGUUCUUGAACACGAGGGACAGGCUGCCCGACGCUUGGGCUGUUAUGCAAAAGUUAGACCGUGAACAACACAGGAUACUGGGCUACCCAAGUCAAGAGUGCUUGAAGAAUUUCUCCCAAGCAGCUCUCAACAACAAAGAUGAGGAAAAAGCAUUUUUCUGCGCAAGAUAUGCUGCUGAGAUUGGCUUUACAGAUGUUGGAGAGCACCUGCGACAGGGAGAAAACUUCAACAAGCUCUCUGACAAGCUCAAGGAAAAACUGAAAGCGCUACUGGACACAACUGUGCUCGGCUCUUCUGAAGACAAUGGCAAAGGAGAUUGAGACAUUGUUCAUUUGAUCUGUAUUAUAGCGCUAGCGAAAUUAAAGAUGGCUCAUUUUCACCCUGCA